UUGACCACACCCCACCAUCUCCCCUUCUCCCCUCUUUCCACCUAUCUGCUUAAAACUUUCCUCUUUCUUUAUUUAAUUCCUUUUCUAUUAUUUCCGUUUCUUGAUUUCGUCUCUGUUUCUCACUAUAUCUUCUCUGUAUCUUAUGUAUUCAGCAACAAACUCAUUGUUUCCUGAUCUCAUACAUACGGGAUGAAAUUGAUUUCAAUUCCCACAAAACCCUUGUCGAAGAUUCAGAGUUGUUGAUUUCAUCUAGAUCAUUCAAGAUAUGGGUAGCUGUUUUUCAAGCAGCAAAAUCAGUGGUUCUAACAGCAACGCUCCAUCCACCACCGCCACCACCACUACCACUACCACAUCUAACGCCGUCGUAAAUCAGCAUCCCCAUCGGCGGACAGCCACAACAGCCGCCAACAAGCAUGAUGGAGGUGGGUCUAAUUGGAAUCCACAUAAAACGAAAGAGAACAGUAGAAAUCAGCAACAAGGGAGCAAUAAUAAAAACAAAAUGAAGAACAAGGCUACUUCAAGGCGUCAGAAUGGGGUGAUCUCUUGUGGAAAACGAACAGAUUUUGGUUACCUUAAGGAUUUUGAUCAAAGGUAUUCGAUUGGAAAAUUGUUGGGUCAUGGUCAAUUUGGGUAUACAUAUGUUGCUACCGAUAAAGCUAAUGGAGAUCGAGUUGCUGUCAAGAAAAUCGACAAAAAUAAGAUGAUUCUUCCGAUUGCUGUUGAAGAUGUGAAGCGAGAAGUCAGAAUAUUACAAGCUUUAAGUGGUCAUGAAAAUGUGGUUCAAUUUUACAAUGCUUUUGAAGAUGAUUCCUAUGUGUAUAUAGCUAUGGAGUUAUGUGAGGGUGGUGAGUUGCUAGACCGAAUUUUAUCAAAGAAAGAUAGUCGAUACACAGAAAAAGAUGCUGCAAUAGUUGUAAGGCAAAUGCUUAAAGUUGCAGCACAAUGUCACUUACAUGGAUUAGUGCAUCGUGACAUGAAACCAGAGAAUUUUCUUUUUAAGUCUCCCAAAGAGGAUUCACACUUGAAGGCUACAGAUUUCGGGUUGUCAGACUUCAUAAGACCAGGAAAGAAGUUUACAGAUAUUGUUGGUAGUGCUUAUUAUGUUGCUCCUGAAGUAUUGAAGAGAAAAUCAGGACCUGAAUCCGAUGUAUGGAGUAUAGGGGUAAUUACGUACAUUUUACUUUGUGGGCGUAGACCCUUUUGGGAUAAAACUGAAGAUGGCAUUUUCAAAGAGGUAUUAAGAAACAAACCCGAUUUUCGGCGAAAACCAUGGCCCACCAUAAGCACAAGUGCAAGAGAUUUUGUAAAAAAGUUGCUUGUUAAAGAUCCUCGUGCAAGACUAACAGCUGCUCAAGCACUAUCUCACCCAUGGGUUCGAGAAGGUGGAAAUGCUUCGGGGAUUCCUCUUGACAUUUCGGUUCUAUCAAACAUGCGCCAAUUCGUGAGAUACAGUCGCCUAAAACAAUUUGCAUUACGGGCAUUGGCUAGCACUCUUGAUGAAGAGGAGCUAUCGGAUCUCAAAGAUCAAUUCCAUGCAAUCGAUAUAGACAAAAGUGGUGCGAUUAGUCUAGAGGAAAUGAGACAGGCCCUCGCGAAAGACCUCCCAUGGAAGAUGAAAGAAUCACGUGUUUUGGAGAUUCUAGAAGCCAUUGAUAGCAACACGGAUGGGCUUGUGGAUUUCACAGAGUUUGUAGCAGCCACCCUCCAUGUUCAUCAAUUGGAGGAACAUAACUCUGAAAAAUGGCAACAAUUAUCACAAGCAGCUUUUGAAAAGUUUGAUGUGGAUAAAGAUGGGUACAUAACUCCAGAAGAACUCAAAAUGUAUACAGGGUUAAGAGGCUCAAUAGAUCCAAUUCUAGAGGAAGCAGAUAUCGAUAAAGACGGGAAAAUUAGCUUGUCAGAGUUUCGUAGACUUUUAAGAACCGCAAGUUUGAGUUCAAAUAAUAUCCCAAGCCCGGCCCCACAUAGAGGCUUACGUAAAAUCUAGAUUUUGAAACAACAAAAUAUAUAUUUCACGUGUGAAUUAAUAUUUUAAUUUUCUUAUCGAGUGAAGAAAAUUACUAAAUUAGCCUCUGAAAGUUACCAUUUUCAUAGACCUUGGCUCGAUUUUCUUUGUUACCAUUUGAAGAAUGUAUAUGAAGGGCAUCGUGUGAAAGGUUGUAUGAGGAUUAUGUAUUCAAGGAUGUAGUUAAUGUUAGUGUUAAAGUUGUUUAUGUAUGUGUUUAUAGUGUCUUUUGUAUGUCUUUUUAGGUGCGUCUAUGUGGUGUAAGUGAAUAUUUCUUUAUAAGCACUACUAUCUCUUGGUGUUUUA